AUGAAAGAUGUUCGACAAUCAUUCUUAAUUGGUGGUAAACAUGACGUUGAGCAAAUUGAUAACACACAAUUUGAGGAUAUGUCAUGGCGUGCUGCAACUGAAAUGAAUCGUGCGUCAAAUGACGCAUAUCACUGGAUACCCGUGAAAGUUUUACGUGUGACGUCACAGGUAGUAGGUGGCGUCAAAUAUAUCAUUGAUAUUCUCGUGGCACAAUCAAACUGUACCAAAAAUUCAGUUUCUCAUAAUGAUAUACGAAUUUUGGGUUGUAAGAAAACUGAAAAUUAUGAACAACAAGUUUGCAAAUUUGAAAUUUAUCAAAGAGCAUGGGAAAAUGUUGAAGAAAUAACAAAUAUUGGAUGUGAUAAGGAACAUUUAGCUAAUUCUGAACGUCAAAUAGAGCCAAAAAUUGUUACUGAAGGACAUCGACUUCGUAAUAAUAUGGAUAAAUUAGCCAUAAAAGUUGGCCAUCGACAUUAUGAGCCUACGCAAACAAUUAUGGAAAAAGAUUUUACCUCGUGGAAUUUAUUUGGAAAUUUCAUUCAAGAGUAUAAUCGUAAAUAUCGUAGCAAAAAGGAAUUCUUAAAAAGAUUUCGAAUUUACAAACGAAAUUUACGAUUGGCAAAAUUAAUUCAAAAGAAUGAAGAAGGUACAGCAAUUUAUGGUGAAACACCAUACAGUGAUAUGACACAAGAAGAAUUCAGAAAGAUUAUGUUACCAUAUAAAUGGCCGUUGAAUAAAAAUAAGAAGCAAUUAAUUGAUUUAACAAAAUAUGGUAUUACUGAUGAUAAAAUACCGGAAUCAUUUGAUUGGCGUGAUAAAGGUGUGGUAACAGAGGUUAAAAAUCAAGGUUCUUGUGGUAGUUGUUGGGCAUUUUCGGUAACAGGUAAUAUCGAAGGUGCUUGGGCAAUUAAGAAAGGUAAAUUAAUUUCUUUAUCUGAGCAAGAAUUAGUCGAUUGUGAUGUUAUUGAUCAAGGAUGUAAAGGUGGUCUACCAUUGAAUGCCUACAAGGAAAUAAUUCGAAUGGGUGGAUUAGAAUCUGAAAAAGAUUAUCCAUACGAUGGUUACGGUGAGAAAUGUCAUUUAGUGCGAAAGGAUAUUGCAGUUUAUAUAAAUGAUUCGGUGCAACUACCUGCUGAUGAAUUUAAAAUUGCAGCAUGGCUUACUAAAAAAGGUCCAAUAUCAAUUGGUGUAAAUGCUGGUCCACUGCAAUUUUAUCGACAUGGAAUUUCACAUCCAUGGAAAGCAUUCUGUUCACCUUCGCAUUUAAAUCACGGUGUGCUAAUUGUUGGCUAUGGAAAAGAAGGAAAUAAGCCUUAUUGGAUUAUUAAAAAUAGUUGGGGCCUAAAAUGGGGUGAAAAUGGCUAUUAUCGAUUGUAUCGAGGAAAAAAUGUUUGCGGUGUUAAAGAAAUGGCUACAACUGCUAUUGUUCUGUGA